AUGUUGGCAAGGAUUAGAAACCGGAAUACUCCCGUCGCACCUGCGCACCAGGUAAUGAUGGACAGUAUGGAGCUUUCGCCGCCAGCUCUUCAUCAAGUUGGAAACCAAUUACGUGCCCCACCCGAGAUUCGGAAGUGGAAGGACCUUCGGCAGUGGCUUGCGCAGAAUCCCGUUGGGCCCCAGUUGCAGCAGUACCUUGCAGUGAUGCAGAGGUCGCAAUUCGCGAGAUAUAUGCAAAGGAAAAUGGAGAAGCGUAAUCAGGAAGAUCAACGGAAACGGCAACUUGAGCAGCAGCAGCCGCAGUUGCAGCACAGUGGCAUGCCGGCGAAUAUGAGAACGCCAAACCAGUCAGGCAUGUCUUCUCAAAGUCAUGUGAAUAUGGGUCCGGGGGCAUAA